AUGGUUGUGGAUGGUUAUUCAUCUGGCAUCGCGAUGAACACGACGAUCGUAGGACAAAAUGACGCCAUUUUAGGUGUAAAUGCAGACACGGAGCGUUCGGUCCACAUUUUGAACAAGAAUGCGAGCCUUGAAGACCGCAAUGACAAGCUCGAAGCCGACCUCAAGGCGCUCACCGCACAAGUAGAUGAAUUAAUCAAGGCCAAGGUGAAUGCGGAUAUAGCGGUUGUGGAGGCAAAUGCCCGAGCGGCUAAGGAAGUCCAGGAUGCGCUGGACGAAGAAUCAAGUAUAGCAAAGGAGCCACCGCGACUAUCUGAGGAAGAAAUAGCCGAGCGCGGACGAAGGACACUGGCUAAGUAUCUGGGACUUGCAAAGUCCGUAGCCGCUCAAGCUGCGGAGGAUGCAGAGCAGCUAAAUGCACAAAAACAAGGGCUCGAAGAAUUUGCAACCGCUCACAAGAAGAAGAAAACGGCGGCCCCUUCCUCUUCGGUUCCGGCGAAACGGAAAAGGAAAACAUCAAAGAAGGCUCAAGUAGCCGGGCUACUAGAAAGGAUCACUGAAAGUCAACCGGACCCGGCUACUCACACCGAAGAUGAAGAUGAAGAACAUCUAGCGGGGCGUUCUACAAGACAAAGAGUCUCCGAUACGGCCAGUCAACCGCAACCGGUUAAGAGAAAACGGACCAAGGAUAUGAUGGACGGCUUCAAUUUCUCCGACUCAGAAUAG